AUGAAACCUUCUCCUUCCAACCCCGUGGUCCUAUACUGGCACCGAACCGAUCUGCGCCUCCACGAUUCACCAGCACUCCACGCUGCAUUGGCCUUGAAGCCUGCCGUUUUUAUUCCGGUCUGGACCUGGGAUCCUCACUAUGUUUACCGGGCUCGCGUUGGGCCGAAUCGCUGGAAGUUUCUUCUUGAAUGCCAGAGUGAUCUGUCUCAGUCCUAUAGCAAACUGAACCCGAAACAAAAGCUCUGGCUUGUGCGCGAGGCACCGCAAACAGUCUUGCCCAAGCUCUGGAAACAAUGGCAAGUGACCCAUCUCGUGUUCGAGAAUGACACCGACGCCUACGCCCGAGAUCGCGACAAUGAAGUAGCCCGUCUGGCCGAAGAUGCAGGCGUCGAAGUCAUUGUCAGAAUGGGUCGCAACCUAUUCGAUCCUGAUCAUCUUGUUCGAAAGAAUGGCGGCAAGCCAACUAUGAGUAUGACGCAAGUCCAAAAGGCCGCUGAGAAAAUCAACAACGGACAGCCGGAAAAGCCGCUUGAGUCGCCUACCAGCAUUCCCGAUCCCUGGGACGAGGGCAAGAUGGACCUCAGCAAUCUUCAGCAGGACAUGGCGGACGCCAACCUAGAUCUUAAUGCCGUUCACCGCACAACCAGCGACAAGCAGUAUUCACAUAUCAUGGGACCACAAAAGAACUUUUCGGUUCCCACGAUGGAGGAAAUUGGCAUUGAUCCUUCGCAGGCUGAAUCACCCCAUCGGGGUGGAGAGACAGCGGCACUGAAUCUUCUGGGCAGCCACAUCCAGAACGAGGAGUAUGUCGGUACAUUCGAGAAACCCAAUACCUCCCCGGCAGCCUUUGAACCGCAGUCCACGACACUGCUCUCUCCACAUUUACACUUUGGAUCCUUGUCAGUGCGGAAGUUUUGGUGGGAUGUGCAAUCCGUUCUGGAAAAGCGAAAGAAGCAAAAGAAAAACAAUUCGUCAAUUCCCACCAAUAUCCCAGGCCAGCUGCUGUUCCGCGACAUGUACUUUGCCGCCCAGGCAGCUAUUGGCCAUCGUUUUGCUCGGACGUAUGGAAACCCAGUUAUCAGAUUUAUUGACUGGCACUUGCAAUCAAGCGAUCCCCAAGGCAAUGAUUCAGAGAAUGAGAAUUACCACAAAGACUCAGACGAAGCGGAAAUCUGGUUCCAACGCUGGAAGGAAGGACGAACAGGAUUUCCAUGGAUUGAUGCAUUAAUGCGGCAGCUAAGACGCGAGGGGUGGAUUCAUCAUCUCGGAAGACAUAGCGUGGCAUGCUUCUUAACUCGGGGAGGUUGCUACGUGAGCUGGGAGCGAGGCGCCGAAGUAUUCGAGGAACUACUUCUGGACCGUGAGUUUUCUUUUGCAUUGACAGUGGGUAUUCAUAAUUUAACAGAGAAACCAGAUGAAACUGCCUGUAAUGUGGGCAAUUGGAUGUGGCUGUCUUGCACAGCAUUCUUUUCCCAGUUCUAUCGCUGCUACUCACCAGUGGCAUUCGGCAAAAAGUGGGAUCCCGAGGGUCUUUUCAUCCGGCAUCACUGCCCGGAGCUAUCUCAGUUUGACAAGAAGUAUAUCUAUGAGCCCUGGAAAGCCCCCAUAGCAGACCAGAAGAAAUGGGGAUGUCGUGUGACUGGGGAUGGCACCGACUCGGUCCAGCAUGGGAAGGUAUAUCCGAAGCCGAUGUUUGAUUUUGAUAAGCGGCGGCAGAUAUGUCUCGACAGCAUGAAGAAUGCAUAUGACGUUGGCUUGCACGGAGACGAUGAGGAAGUGAAGAGUGGUGCAUGGAAAGAAAGGUUCGGGUGGCUGGAUAACAGUGAAAAUCAGGGGAAGAAACCAAGCAAGAGACAGAAGACAGAUUGA